AGUGCGUGUCUUGUGAGAGCUCUUGAACCAAGUCAGAUCUAGAGUCGGCUCGGUGGUUGGAAACAGCGGCCGCCGCGGGUGACUCAGGGAGGCGGGGUAAGAGCGUCGCGGCCUCGGCUGCGGGGAGAGGAGGAAGAAAGGUGAAGGAACUGAACCUGCGGCCUUGCCGCUCGUGUGCUGCAGGCCGGGGCGAGAAGCGUCCGAGGAUCGGCGUCCGGGAAGCGGGGUGUCGGGCGGGGCAAGUGCGGAACCGUGGGGGACUCGGCCGCCUGGGACGGGCUCUCUGCGUUGGGGCCUUCUCCUUUCUAGGGGAGGGGCCCUUCCUGCAGGCGUGGAAAUCAUGGUGCUCACGCUCGGAGAAAGUUGGCCAGUAUUGGUAGGGAAGCGAUUUCUCAGUCUGUCCGCAGCCGACAGUAGCGACAACAGCCACGACGGCUGGGACGUGGAGCGCGUCGCGGAGUGGCCCUGGCUCUCGGGGACCAUUCGAGCCGUUUCCCACCCUGACGUUUCCAAGAGGGAUCUGAAGGUGUGUGUGGAGUUUGAUGGGGAAUCUUGGAGAAAGAGAAGAUGGAUAGAAGUCUACGGCCUUCUAAGGAGAGCAUUUUUAGUAGAACAUAACUUAGUUUUGGCUGAACGAAAGUGUCCUGAAAUUUCUGAACGAAUUGUACAGUGGCCUGCGAUAGUAUACAAAUCCCUGUUGGACAAAGCUGGUUUGGGAUCCAUUACUUCUAUUCGCUUUCUAGGAGAUCAGCAGAGAGUAUUUCUUUCUAAAGACCUUUUGAAGCCUAUACAGGAUGUGAACAAUCUUCGACUUUCCCUUAUGGAUAAUCAUGACAUCAGUAAAGAAUUUCAAGCUUUGAUUGUGAAACAUUUGGAUGAAAGCCAUCUUUUACAAGGUGACAAAAACUUAGUUGGUUCCGAAGUAAAGAUUUAUAGCUUGGACCCAUCAACUCAGUGGUUUUCUGCAACUGUUGUAAAUGGAAACCCAACAUCAAAAACUCUUCAAGUCAACUGUGAGGAGAUUCCAGCACUGAAAAUUGUUGAUCCAUCACUGAUUCAUGUUGAAGUUGUACAUGAUAACUUUGUGACAUGUGGUAAUUCUACAAGAACUGGAGCUGUAAAACGCAAGUCUUCUGAGAAUAAUGGAAGCCUGGUUUCUAAACAAGCAAAAUCUUGCUCUGAGGCUUCUCCCAGUACAUGUCCUGUGCAGUCUGUUCGCACAACAGUUUGUAAGGAUAUAGUACUCGGCUGUACUCCAGCAACUCCACCUGGUAAGGACCCAAGACAGCAGAGUACUCCCCAAGCUACCAUUUCUCCACCUAACCUUGGAGCAAGAAUUCCUCAAGGAUGUCAUAAACAGAGUUUACCAGAAGAACUUUCUUCCUCCUUAAAUAUGAAGACUCAAAUACUGAGAACAAAGCCAGAUGUCGGCAAAGUAGGGUUGCUCUCUUCCGAGUCCUCUCAGAUUGGAACUGGAGACUUAGAAAUCCUGAGUGAACCAAAAGGUAGCUGUACCCUGCUGAAGACCAAUGCUGAUCAGGAAAACGGAUUGGAAUCUGUUCCACAACCAUCAACUGGCCUUCCGAAGGUGUGCUUACCUACAAAAGCUUCUUCAGUGGCAGGAUUGGAAAUUGCCAAUACUCCUGAACUGCAGAAGCACUUAGAACUUGCACCUUCCACAUCUGAUUUUCUUUCAAAUAAGCUGGAAGGGAAAGCUGGUAUCAGUGCUGAUAACCCUAAUAGUUGUGUGGAAAAAAAGGUAGAACCUUCGACCUUAAGUUGCCAAUCACAGAAUUUAAAGGAAUCUUCAGUAAAAGUAGAUAAUGAAAACUAUUGUACAAGAAGCAACAAUAAAAUCCAGAAUGUCCCAUCCCGGAAGUCGGUUUUGACAGACCCAGCCAAACUCAAGAAGCUGCAGCAGAGUGGUGAGGCCUUUGUACAAGAUGACUCCUGUGUGAACAUUGUUGCACAGCUGCCCAAGUGUCGGGAGUGUCGCUUGGACAGUCUCCGCAAGGAUAAAGAACAACAGAAAGAUUCGCCUGUGUUUUGUCGCUUCUUUCACUUUAGAAGGUUACAGUUCAACAAACAUGGUGUGUUGCGGGUAGCAGGCUUCUUAACACCAAACAAGUAUGACAAUGAAGCAAUUGGCUUAUGGUUGCCUUUAACCAAAAACAUUGUGGGGACUGAUUUGGACACAGCAAAGUAUAUCUUGGCCAACAUUGGAGACCACUUCUGUCAAAUGGUGAUUUCUGAAAAGGAAGCUAUGUCAACUAUUGAGCCACACAGACAGGUUGCUUGGAAGCGGGCUGUCAAAGGUGUUCGAGAAAUGUGUGAUGUGUGCGACACCACCAUCUUCAACCUUCACUGGGUGUGUCCUCGGUGUGGGUUUGGAGUGUGUGUAGAUUGCUACCGGAUGAAGAGGAAAAAUUGCCAACAGGGUGCUGCCUAUAAGACUUUCUCUUGGAUAAGAUGUGUAAAGAGUCAGAUACAUGAACCAGAGAACCUAAUGCCUACACAGAUCAUUCCUGGAAAAGCCCUCUAUGAUGUUGGAGACAUUGUUCAUUCUGUAAGAGCAAAAUGGGGAAUAAAGGCAAAUUGUCCCUGUUCAAACAGGCAAUUCAAACUCUUUUCCAAGCCAGCCUCAAAGGAAGACAUAAAACAGACUUCCUUAGCUGGAGAAAAACCGACUCUUGGAACCAUGCUCCAACAGAACCCCUCAGUGCUGGAGCCGGUAGCCCUGGGCGGGGGAGCUGCCUCCAAGCCGGCCAGCAGCAUAAAGCCAGCCUGUCCAGCCAGCACAUCUCCUUUAAACUGGCUGGCAGACCUGACCAGUGGGAAUGUCAACAAGGAAAACAAGGAAAAACAACCAAUGAUGCCAAUUUUAAAGAAUGAAAUCAAAUGCCUUCCACCUCUCCCCCCUUUAAGCAAAUCCAACACAGUCCUGCAUACUUUUAACAGCACCAUUCUGACACCUGUAAGCAACAACAGUUCUGGCUUCCUCCGAAAUCUCUUGAAUUCCUCUACAGGAAAGACAGAAAAUGGACUCAAGAAUACACCAAAAAUUCUUGAUGACAUCUUUGCCUCUUUGGUGCAAAAUAAGACUUCCUCUGAUUUAUCUAAAAGGCCUCAAGGACUGACGAUCAAGCCCAGCAUUCUGGGCUUUGACACCCCUCACUACUGGUUAUGUGACAAUCGCUUGCUGUGCCUGCAAGAUCCCAACAACAAGAGCAACUGGAACGUGUUUAGGGAGUGCUGGAAACAAGGGCAGCCAGUGAUGGUGUCAGGAGUGCAUCACAACUUGAACACUGAACUUUGGAAACCUGAAUCCUUCAGGAAAGAGUUUGGAGGUCAGGAAGUUGACCUAGUUAAUUGUAGGACCAAUGAAAUCAUCACGGGAGCCACAGUAGGAGACUUCUGGGAUGGAUUCGAAGAUGUUCCAAACCGACUUAAAAAUGAGAAAGAACCAAUGGUGUUGAAACUUAAGGACUGGCCACCAGGAGAAGAUUUUAGAGAUAUGAUGCCUUCCAGGUUUGAUGAUCUGAUGGCCAAUAUUCCGCUGCCUGAGUACACACGGAGAGAUGGCAAACUGAACCUGGCCUCUAGGCUGCCAAACUACUUUGUUAGGCCAGAUCUGGGUCCCAAGAUGUAUAAUGCUUACGGAUUAAUCACUCCAGAAGAUCGGAAAUAUGGGACAACAAAUCUUCAUUUAGAUGUGUCCGAUGCAGCCAAUGUCAUGGUCUAUGUGGGAAUUCCCAAAGGACAGUGUGACCAAGAAGAAGAAGUCCUUAAAACUAUUCAAGAUGGAGACUCUGAUGAACUCACAAUAAAGCGAUUUAUUGAAGGAAAAGAGAAACCAGGGGCCCUCUGGCAUAUAUAUGCUGCUAAGGACACGGAGAAAAUACGAGAAUUCCUUAAAAAGGUAUCAGAAGAGCAAGGUCAAGAAAACCCAGCAGACCAUGAUCCCAUUCAUGAUCAGAGCUGGUAUUUAGACCGAUCCCUAAGAAAGCGUCUUCAACAAGAAUAUGGAGUUCAAGGCUGGGCUAUUGUACAGUUUCUUGGGGAUGUGGUGUUUAUCCCAGCAGGAGCUCCACAUCAGGUUCAUAAUCUAUAUAGCUGUAUCAAAGUGGCUGAAGAUUUUGUUUCUCCAGAGCAUGUUAAACACUGCUUCUGGCUUACUCAGGAAUUCCGUUAUCUGUCACAGACCCAUACCAAUCAUGAAGAUAAGUUACAGGUGAAGAACGUUAUCUACCAUGCAGUCAAAGAUGCAGUUGCUAUGCUGAAAGCCAGCGAAUCUAGUUUUGUCAAACCAUGAGGGUCCAGAGACACCUUAGCCCCUGUACAUUGGAAAUGAAUACUGGCAGCUGUUCAAACUCUUCAGGCGGGAUUCCUGUGGACUUUGAGAUUCAUGUUACCUCAUCUUUUUUAAAAAGUGUACCUGGUGAGGGUACUCUGUCUAAUGUAUAUUUCUAGUGUUUACAGACACUAAAUGUGUAUAUUUAGUAACUAUUUACAGAACAUGCAUCCUUAAACUGUGACUUCUCACCUAGUGCAGAACUUCUACCAAGCUGUAAAAAUAAAACCUCUUCUCAGCUCUGGAAUAAUACUGCAGUUAUUCUCUAGCUGUUUGGUUUGACAGCUUAGUCAAAAUGAGUUAUAACUACUAGGAAUAACUGCGCAGUUUAUUUGGGUUGUAUUUUGUUCUGUGUCUGUCUGAGUAUCCCCUCCCCCACCCUUAGUGUUUAGAAGAGCAACGGAGAGAAACGACAGCUAAUGAUGCCAUUCUUACCAUUUGGCAUUUGGACGGGCAUUAUUAUAUAGCAGAAAUGAACUACUGUACAAUUCUUGGGGUUAACCAUCUUUAGUUAAAUGAAAUUUUAAUUUAAAUGAAGCUUCGCUAAUUUUAAGUGUUAAGCAUUUUGCAUUAAAGUAUUCAUAUAAUA